AUGGCGCAAAAGCCCGUCAUCAUCUCCGGUGCGGGGCUGGCCUCGCUGCUCCUGGCCCAAUCACUGAAACGAUCCAAGAUUCCAUUCCAAAUUUUCGAGCGCGAUGCUUCUCUGAAUUUUCGCGGUCAAGGUUACCGCCUCCGUCUAUCCAACGAAGGACUUGAUGCUAUCGAAUCCGUCCUCGAUGCCGCUGCCUGGAAGCGGUUCUGGGACCACUGUGGACAGACGGGCGGCAGCGGAUUCUCUGGGUUCAAUGCCAUCACGGGAGAGUUGACCGAGUCAGCCACCGGCGGCGAGUCGCUAGGAUCCCGCGAUGGCAAGAUCGUAGGAAUUGCGCGGGGUGAUAUGAGGAGACUCUUUAUGGAGGGCGUCGAAGACCAGGUACAUUUCAACAAGCACGUCCAGUCGUACGAAUUGGUAGAAGAUGGAGUAAGGGCGGUUUUCAACGACGGCUCCAAAUCCGUCGUAGGAUCUCUCCUUGUGGGCGGUGAGGGUAUCAAGUCGACCGUGGCCAAGCAGGUCUCUGGCGGUCGGCUCAAGGUGUACGACACUGGUGCUAGAGGUAUCCACGGGCAAGCCCCGACCGCUGCCUUUAAAGAUCUCGGCGAGGGCGUCUUUCGCAUCACCGACAGCAGCCGCUCGGAAGGCACCGUGUCAAUCAUCACCAACGUCCGCCCCAAUGACAUGGACAAGUCGCAUGUCGAGUUUGGCUGGACAAUGGCCGGGCCUCCCGGUAGCAUAAAGGCACCGAACGAUGACUACGCCAUUGUGGGCAAGACAGCAGCCGAUCUAGCCAAGAACCUCACGCGGGACUGGGAUGCACGCUUCAAGCCUCUAUUUGACCAGAUGAACGAGUCCGAGGCCGCGUUUUGGAAGAUCACUUGCUCGACGCCCACAGGUGUACCUGAAUGGCCCAACGAGCCUCGUGUCACGGUCAUUGGCGAUGCGGCACACUCCAUGACCCCGGCUGGCGGCAUAGGAGCCAACACAGCUGUACAAGACUCGGCUCUCCUCGGACGGCUUCUGCGCGAGGCAGGUGGCUACGCAGAGGGCGUCACGGCGGCUUAUGAAAAGGGGAUGAGAGUCUACGCCAGUGCGGCUGUAGCCAAGAGUUAUGGCCUAGCGACAACGCAUUUCAAGGUUCAUAUUGAUGAAAACAGUGCAACUGUGUAA